CCUUGAUUACUAAUUUUAAAGAGAAGCCGGGGGAGCGCCAUGCAUUGCAGACAUUGACAAUGACAGUCUCUUGCAUGGGAGUGGAGCCCUAAGGCUACAUCUCCAGCAAACGGUGUCUUUUAUGUGGUUAGGAAGUCCCUCAUGGUGGUGCUGCACACCAGCCAGCGAGCCCCCAGCUUGUCCGCACUUGCCAGUAUGAAGACUUUAGCUCGUGAGCGCUGCAGUUGCAAACCCUAAAACAGAUUUCCAGUGGAUUGAGGAGGCUAUGAGAUCUGUCUCACGCCAAUGAUGAGAGCUCAUGAAGCAACUCGCCACCUUGAAUGGGUGCAGGUCGGGAUGGAUGCUAAGCAUGCACCAUUGAUUGCUGAUGGAUGCAGAUUCUGGCAUCAGUCCAGGGGCCUUUCAGUCGCAAAGAGGGUUCUCUGCGAAUAGGCAAGCCCCUAAAUUGGCGGUGCAGCCUGCUAACAACCAAGCUGUGCAAGGAUGCAGCGCCCUCUUCAUUUGAGGAGCCAGCCAAAGCCCAGGGUCAAGAAGGAAACCCGCGCGAUGUCAAGCACUCUGGCAUAUGCAGACAUUGUGAAUGAAGGGGCUCUAGCAGACUCCAAUGGAUUUAAUGGCGUGCCUGCCCAGGGCGCUACUCUGAAGAAUCUUUGUGAGGAGGACAAGCAGAAGGUGGCCAGGCUGAUCCGCCAGGUGGUGUCUGUGACCAAGGAGAAGGAGGCGGUGCAGCGAGAGGCCGCGCAGGAGCGCGCCAGCCAGCAGGCGGCGCUGGAGGGGCUGCAGGCGCAGAACCGCGACCUCCUUGCCGAGCUCACUGCACUGCGCCUCAAGCUGCUGCAUGCUGACGGCCUGCUGCGCUCCUACCAGCUCAAGCUGCGGGCUCUGAAGGUGGGGGCCUCUCGCGAGGUGGCCCUGGCCCUGGACAGCCCCACACCAGGACAGCCCGCUCAGGCAGCGGCUGCGGCGCUGCCCCGCUCCACCUCUCCCAACAGCCUGAACGCACCAGGGGUCACCUCCUCUGCUUCCCUUGGUGCCCACUUGACCCCAGCUACCCCCCCUGAAGCUGAGCCCUCUCGAGGCGGUGGGCUGCCUGCCAGCCCAAGUAAGCCCGCUCUUGACCGCGGCCACAGCCCGCCGGCCACCUCCGCUGCGCCUGCUAUAUCCGGUGUCCUGGAGGCUACCAGAGCCUCAUCUGAACAGCGGCGGGACUCGCCGCCGUCAGGAGCAGCGGACGCGCCAGCGGAGGGGGUGUGGGCGGCCUGGGCGGAGCUAGAGCAGCGCAUCCGGGCCAUCAGCGGGGAACUGGCACAGCGAGGGGGGCAGCACGGCGGGGACGCGGCCGGAGCAGACGUUGGGGUGGGGGGGGGCAAGCCGCAGGGAGGCAACGCGGCUGGGGGAAUGGCUUUCGAAGACGCCCCUACAAUGCCGGUGUCUUUUGCCCCUGGACAUGAUAGCGAGGUCUGCCAACGACCAAUGGAAGGGAUGGCUGUGUCGGCCUCAGCUGACGUGCUGUUGGCAGCAGUUGCCUGCUUUCAGGGAGAACCAGAUGGGAAGCCUAGCAAGCAGACUGGGACGGGGUUUCUGGUCCCCAACCCGCCAGGCAGCGUGCUGGCAGUAGACCCCUCAGGUGCGAGGGAACCGCCCCUGGGCAGUCAAACCGAAGCAGUGUGUAUGAGCAGUGCGCACCAGCCCCUUGUAGGGGGGCCUGUUAGCCAGCCCCGCCCCGUCUUCUUUCCCCCCAAAGAGGCGCCUCUUCGUCUUCCACCCUCCUAUCCACCGCAUGGGGCAGCAGUACCAGAUGCUCCACCGCAGCCAGUCCUACCCACUGUUGGCGUGCUUCAGGGUCGCUUGCCCCCCGUUGAUGUCUCCUCUCCGGCCAUCGCUGGGCCUGCCCCCGUCCCCGCCGCCUCCCUGCCUGCUGCCUCCACCACUGCGGAGGGCUCUGCCGUGCAGGCUCUCUGGGGCACGGCCCUCCCAUCAUGCGGCUGCCCCCCGUCGACCUGCGCCGCUGCCUCUGCCCCUUUGCUCAAGAGCGGCCACCCGAUAGGGGCUCCUGAUGGUUGCCAGCGGGUGCAUCUGGGAGCGGUGCCGAUGAAUGGAACUUCGGACGUUUCUCGGAGUUCGGGCGGGGCUGCAGUAGCUGCGGAGGUGAGGUGCGGUGCUGCGGGGUCCGACCAAGUGCGGGAACUACAGGGGGCACGCUUGGACGCGCAAGCAGGCCCAGCGGGAGUGGGCAGGGCAACGGACGUAUCCGGGAUCCCUGAUCGAGGGGAGGCGCCAUGCGAGCGAGUGCUGCGGUUUGAUCCUACAGUUGGGGAUGCGGGGGCUUUCUAUUACGUGGACGUUGCAGUGGUGGAGAAAAGUAGGGCGGACGGAGCAGGGGAUGGAAUGGGCGGGGAAACAGGGGGCCAGAGGCGGAGGCCGGGGGAGAGAAGCGAGGGGGCGGAAGACGUGUCAAGGCGAGCACGGGAAGAAUCGCCUCUCGGGGGGCCGGGACAGGACGGCCGACGAAGGGCCACGCGAGGAGCGGAGGUCGAAGGGCCUGCCCCCUCCAGUCUACUCCAAAAGGCAGUGGCAGAGGGAGUGCCGGGGGCAGAGGUGCCCCUCGCGCUCGCGACGGCGGCCCCGCGUGUCGCACAGCGUGUUGUGGUCAAGGAGAGUGGGGUGCGGCAUUGGAGCGUAAGUCCGGAGGGCAGCCCCAGCCGGGGUGGCGGGCAGGGGCGGGCGCGGUGGGUGUCCGGGAUGCUGUACGACAGCGCGCUGCUGGAGCUGGUGGAAGAACUAGAGAUGGACCACGCCCGCACCAGCAGGCACGACCCGAGAGGCGACCUCCCGGCGGAGUUGACGGCCUGGGCCCGGCAGACGGAUCGACAAGAAGCGGAACGGAAGUGGCGCGGAGCGCCUCAACCUGUUUCAAGCGUGAACGGGCGGGGAAAGGUGCAAGCGCGGGGUAAACGAGACCGGCAUCCCACUUUUGUGCAAUCCCAAUUGGAACCGGAGGUGCUGGUGCUCACAAACGGCUGGUAGGGGUAGCUGAUCUUGACACUGCGGCUCCAACUUGGCAAACGUGCGAUCUGCUGGUUCAGCUGCUUCACUGCUUAUUUUAAAAGCUCAUGUACUAGACGAUUACAGGAGCCCUCAAUAUUCGUUGCACUGGUCGGCUCUCAUGAGCCGCGAACCGAUGCAUCUUCAGCAGCUUCUUCCCCGCAACUGAUCUGCUUCAGGACGGCCAAGACCCAUGACGCAUCAAGCUUAAAGGACAAAUGUCACGGAUGAGGGUGGAUGUACAAGGUCCGUUGCGCACUUUGUUGAAGCUGGC